AUGUCCGCCGCAAUACCUUCAGUCGCCUGCCUCGGCGUCAUCGGGCGCAACAACAACCCCCUACACAUCUCCAUCUUCCCGUCCUACGACCCCCUAGCAAACGCCUUCACCCCGAUCCGGAACCCGCUCCAGUUCUCCCUCCUCCUCUCCUCCACCAUCGACGUCUUCGACCUGCGAUCCAAGAACAGCACCGCGUCGGGCGACUAUGGCCUGCUGCACGCCAUCGACGACCGCCUCGCGGCCUACGGCUUCGAGACCAACACGGGCGUGCGCAUGGUCUGCAUCGUGGACAUGCGCGGGCGGCGCGUCGAGGCGGGCGGCAGCGGCGCCGUUGGCGUGGGCGCGGGACUGCGCGAUGCGGAGCUCAAGCCUGUCUUCAGGGCGAUGCAGAGCGCGUACGUGAGGCUCCUCCAGAAUCCCUUCUACGACCCUGACGAGCAUGCGCCGCUGGGGGGCAAGGGCGGCAAGAGGAUCACGAGCAAGAAGUUUGGGGAUGCCAUGAAGAGAAUAGGGGAGGCGUGGACGCCUGGCGUUACGACUUUGUGA